AUGCAGUUUGGGGAGUCGAAUCACUUUGACCACAUCAGGGCAGUCAUUGGAUGCAAGUUCAUCGGGAUUGGCGGAGAUUAUGACGGGGCUGGCCAGUUCCCACAGGGGCUGGAGGACGUGUCCAUAUACCCGGUACUGAUAGAGGAGUUGCUGGGGCAUGGCUGGAGUGAGGAAGAGCUCUGGGGUGUGCUUCGAGGAAACGUGCGGCAGGUCUUCAGACAGGUGGAACAGGUACAGGAAGAGAACGAGGGACAGAGUCCCUUGGAGGAUGAGUUCCCAGAUGAGCAGCUGGGCAGCUCUUGCCGCUCCGUCCUCCCACGUCUGCAUCAGAGAGAGGAUCUGGCUCCAGACCAGAAACUAACCAGAGCUGCGGUUCGUGGGAAUCCCAUUUUGUCACCUAAGUGGUCAUUCUCAAAAUCUUGCCCCCACAUGGGCCCAGGCCCCACAGUUAUUGCUGCCUUCCCAGUCCUCAUUAUUUGGCUCUGGUGA